CAGCUACCGCCCAGGACUACUUCAGACUGCCUCUUUUCUCCCAGGUUUCGCCGCUACAGGAAGGGGAACAGACCUUUGCGGUAGGCACUCGACUCACCGCCCCCAACACUGCUUUCUUAUGAUCAUGGCAGCCCCCAGCUUACCUGAGGAAUGUGGCUACAUCAGAACUGUGUUGGGCCAGCAAAUCUUAGAGCAGCUGGACAGCUCCAGUCUGGCUCUGCCUUCCGAAGCCAGGCUAAAAUUGGUUGGGAGCAGUAGCCACACUGACCAGUCUGUUAAAACUCUCAGAAUUCAGCAACAAGUCCAGCAGACGCUAGCCAGGAAAGGCAAGAAUUUAGUGGCGAACGGGAGCCUACCUCAAGCCAGAAGUGUUCCAGAGUAUGUCUACAACCCAAACUUGGUUGAAAACCACCUCUCUGCAGAGUGUUCCCCUGUCACCAAAACAUAUGACAUUUUAAAGGCAGGCACAGCAGCUACUUAUGAGAAUCACUUGGAAAAAGGAAGAAUCCACUAUAAUUCACAAAAGUCAAUGGAAAAAAAGUCUCAAAGGCAGCCUCUGAGGAGACUGGAGAUUUCUCCUGGGAGUAGUCCUGAGAGAGUUAAUUAUGCACAUAGUGAUUACCAGAAAAGCCAGGCAGAAUACAAUUUGAGGCUUCAAGAAAGUAAGAGAUCCACUGUCCUCAUGCCACCAAGAUAUGCUCGUUCAGAAAUUGUUGAUUUCAACCAUCGUGGUAGCAUGAGCAAGCAGCGUCAUUAUGACACUCACUACAGACAAUACCAGUAUGGAUCUGUUAGUGAUACAGUUUUUGAUAGUUUCCCUGCCAGUCCAGUAGUACUCACAUAUCCCAGGCCAAGAACCAGCCGAAGUAUGGGAAACCUCUUGGAGAAAGAGAACUAUCUGACUUCAGGACUUCCUUCAGGACAAGUCAGAGCUAUGGUGUCUCUACAAGGCCACCAGAAUAAGCCAUCUGUUCAUUCUACCUGGCAUCAGCGUUCCUUCCAUAACACUCAUGCUCUGAGACAUAUUCUGCCUAGUGUCAGUGCGGGAACCAGUGGGAAACAAACACAUAUGACAAUUGGCCAGGCAACCACAGCAGGAGUUGGAAAUUUACUAAUUGAAAGAGCUGCUUUCAGUGAUUUCCAAGUUGGCCAUGAAGAUGUGGAGAUGACUUUGGAGUAUGCAGUUAGCAUACUGGAUUCAGAUAACACACCAGCACCUAGGAUUCAAACUGCAGCCACUUUUAUACAGCAUGAAUGUUUCCGGAAAUCAGAAGCCCGAAAAAGGGUUAAUCAUCUUCGGGGUAUACCCAAGCUUCUACAGCUCCUAAAAGUACAGAAUGAGGAUAUACAGAGGGCAGCAUGUGGAGCCCUAAGAAAUUUGGCAUUUGAAGACAAUGACAACAAGGUGGAAAUAGCUGAACUGAAUGGAAUUCCUCAAUUACUCCAGGUCUUGAAGCAAACUAGAGACUUGGAGACCAAAAAGCAGAUCACAGGUUUGCUGUGGAAUUUGUCCUCUAAUGAGAAACUCAAGAAUCUGCUGAUUACAGAAGCUUUACUAAUCCUCACAGAUAUUGUCAUCAUCCCCUAUUCAGGAUGGUCUGAGGGUGAUUACCCCAAAGAAAAUGGCUUGCUUGAUUUUGAUAUAUUCUACAAUGUCACAGGAUGCUUAAGAAAUAUGAGCUCUGCUGGACCUGAUGGAAGGAAAGUGAUGAGAAGAUGUGAAGGAUUAAUAGAUUCUCUUGUCCAUUAUGUUAGAGGCACCAUUGCAGAUUAUCAGCCAGAUGAUAAGGCUACUGAGAACUGUGUAUGUAUUCUUCAUAAUCUAUCAUACCAUUUGGAGGCAGAACUCCCAGAGAGAUAUUCACAGAGUAACUACAUUCAAAACAGGAAUAUCCAGACUGCCAAUAACAAAAAUAUUGGGUGCUUUGGAAAUCGAAGCAGGAAAAUUAAAGAGCAAUACCAGGACAUCCCACUGCCAGAAGAAAAGAGUAAUCCUAAAGGUGUGGAAUGGCUGUGGCACUCCAUUGUGAUAAGAAUGUAUCUAUCUUUAAUAGCCAAAAGCAUAAGAAACUACACACAAGAAGCAUCUUUGGGAGCUCUCCAGAAUCUCACAGCAGGAAGUGGACCGAUGCCAUCUGCUGUAGCCCAGACUGUUGUCCAGAAGGAAAAUGGCCUUCAACACGUUAGAAAGAUGCUACAUGUGAGUGAUUUAAGUGUAAAAAAGACUGCAGUCUCAUUGCUAAGGAACUUGUCUCGGAACUUGUUUCUGCAGAAUGAAAUUGCUAGGGAAACCUUACCUGAUUUAGUUUCCAUAAUUCCUGACACAGUCCCAAAUUCUGAUCUGCUCAUUGAGACUACAGCUUCUGCCUGUUACACCUUGAACAAUUUAAUCCAGAAUUGUCAGCAAAACGCACAAGAUCUGUUGAAUACUGGAGGCUUUCUGAAGAUUAUAGCUAUCAGCAUGGGUGAUAGCUAUGUCUCCAACAAAGCUAGUAAAGCAGCAUCUGUGUUACUUUAUUCACUAUGGUCUCAUGCUGAUCUCCACAAUGCCUACAAAAAGGCUCAAUUUAAGAAGACACAUUUUGUCAAUAAUCAGACAAUCAAAGCCUACCACUCCCUUAAAGACUGAGAAAGAUGAAGUAAUAAUAGUAGAGAUGGUCAGAACUGCAUUUCAGUUUAUCCAUGGUUUUUAGUAUCUGCCUCACCAUAAAUGGGUCGACUCUAUAAAGUCUCCAGAAGAAACAGACUGUUUUUAUGCCUAUCCCAGAAGACUCCCCUUGCCCCACAAAAGCCUAUUUUAUUAUUACUUAGCCUUUUCUCUUCUAUUUGCAUCUUAUCUUGCAUCCCUAGAAAAGAGAAAAUCAAAGAAUACUAGGUUUCUGCCAGAACAUUUUUGUAAACUCGCCUUUUGCCAUUGUUGACACAAUUUCUGAUACCACAGAUCAUUUGGGUAUAGGAGUAUUUUCCCUGGGUCAUCAUCACUGAACUGGCUCUCUUGCCUUCAUCUUGAUGCCAAAAGAAACCAAGUCAACUUUAGGUAUGAAUCUAAUUUUCAAAAAAUCUACACUUUAUCCAUUCUUCCUUGUAAUUAUUAUUACAACUAUUUCUUCUUGCUUUUGUGGAUAAUGUCCUUGAGAUAGCUAACUAGAAUUAAUGCCUUUGCUUUCCUUUAUUCCCACCUUCUUCUUUACUCUUUGAAGUCUGACUUUUCAAUUAAUAAUUCAACCAAAACUUCUCUUUCCAAGGUUACUAAUGGUCUCUUUGCCUGUCCGAUGCAAUGGCCAAAAGGCCAUCAAUCCUCAUCUCUCUUCACUUUUCUUCAGACUUUGAGAAGCUGCACUGUCCAUCACCCUCUCCUUCUUGAUACAUUAUUCUUUCUGGGUUUUCAUGACAGAAUUCUUUCCUCAUUCUCCUCCUGCCUAACUAUUCCUUCUUUGUCUCCGUUGCUGGAUCUUUAUCUAGCUUUAGACUAUCAAUCAUGUAGAUGGGCUCUGUUCCGGGGCCUUUUCUUUUCUCCCUCUAAACUGUUUCACUUGGCAAUCUGAUCAGCCCCCAAGGAUAGAAUUAUCAUUUCUGUGCUGACGAUUCUCAUGUCUUCUUAUCCAGCAGUAUUCUCUUUCAUCUACAACUUCAACAAUUCAACAAUUGAAAACUAGAUAUCCCAUAGAAAACUUCAACUGGUUCAAGACUGAACUCAUCUUUUCCUCAAAACCCUCCCUUCUUCCAAAGUUCCUUAUUAGUGUAAAGCAAAAUAUCAUCCUCCCAAGGCAUUCAGACUCUCAACCUAGGUGGUAUUUUUAUCUCUUUACUUUUUUACCAACAAUAUCCAAUCUUUUGUCAAGUUUCUAUCUUCAUAACACCUCUAUAAUAUGUCCCUUUCCAUCCUAUGAUACUGUCACCACUUUUGUUCAGGCCUUCAUCACCUGCUAGUUGGUCUGCUUGCCAAAAGUCUCUUCCUACUCUAAUCCAUCCUCCACUCAGUUGUCAAAUUGAUUUUCCUAAAAUGCAGAGUUGAUAUUGUUUUACACAUGCACA